UUGAUCAGCGGUUUUCCGCCAAAAAUUUCGUAAACAUGGCGGAAGGAGACAAGUUUGGAUGAAACUGGUUCAAACAAGAACCCUUUUGGGGUUUUUCUUUAAUUUUGAGUUAAAACCGCUGCAUAGACCGCUCGAAAGUUGAGUUAUCCCAACAAUGUGAAAAUCGCAACGCUCAUCUAGAAAAUAUAAUGAUUGUUGGAGACGACGCGACAGAAGAGGAAGAUGCACUCCAUGUGUUUCUUCUUAUGGGAAAGGAGUACAGAAUUUCCAGGAGUAUCCGAGCUCAGUGGUUCUUUCAGCAGUUCAAUUCCACUCUCCCUCGUCCCAAACCACAUAAAGAGUUGAUUGAUUCAAACGAAGAACUGGAAGUUUUGUCAGUCAUUUCAAACAACCUUGACAAUACUGGGCCAUACAGACUUGUUCCUUCUACUCAUAUUACAUUUAUCGGCAGACAAUACCGAUUUGUAUUUUGCCUUGACAUCAGUCCAUCACUUGCCACAGUGGAUAUUCAGUCAGGAACCGUGAUUACUGAUGAAGCCUUUGAGAAAUUUAAGAACUGUCUUAUCGGCCUUAUUGCUCCUUUCUCUGUACCUGGAAACAACAUUAUGCUGUCUCCUGAGCUGUACAUCACUGUGUUGGCCUAUACCUCCAUCUUAAAUCCUAAAGCUCCUCAAGUUCUUAUCCAGGGUUGCCUUGUGACAGAACAAAAUGUGAACACUGUGCUGGAGUUAGUGCAUAAUCAGUUAAUGGAGUUGGAGGACUUCCUGGCUAAAACCACCUCUACACUGUACUGUGGUACCAGUGAUAAGAUCAACAGGACAGAAAGUGAUCAGGGAGGAAUAACCAGAGACUCAGUGACUCUUAUGUCCCCAGAGGCUGGACCCAUUUCAAUUUUAAGGAACUGCCUCUUAGCAUUGCAGCUUCUUCCAAGCAAUGCUAGUGCUGGAGCUGUUGUGAUAACUGAUGGAGUGUUUGCUCUUCCUGAUGCCUCGGCAGUAGAUUCUCUUUUGGCACAGCUCAGAGCCAGCACAGUGUGCUGCUCUUUCAUUAAAGUUGGCAGUGGUUUUCAUGCCCACUGCAGUCUUGGAUAUGUUCCACACUGUGAUAUGAUGCAGUUUAUUGCCAUGGCCAGCUCAGGAGCCUACCUUGCUAAGGCUCCCCCGGUUUCAAGGGAAGGCAGAAGAGUAGAUGGAGGAGAUGAUUAUACCAUGAACCUUUAUCAUAAGUCAUUGCUGUGUUGGAACUUUCAGCGAGACUUUGAUCUUAGCAAGAUUGACUCUUGGAUAGGGGAUUGUCUAGAGUUGAGUGAGGAGGAUUUGGCUUGGGCAAUGAAAGGCAAAAGGUCAAUAUCCUAUGCGCUAAGUGAGUGGGAACAGAAUGCAAUGCAACCAUCGAUGCGCAAGAGACAUUUAGAGACAAAACUACAUACCAGCAUAACAGGUGUUCUCAGUGUGCGUCUCAGAGAGGGUUACUCAAUCCAAGAUGUCUCCAUAGCAAAAGGUGGAAAGCAGCUGCAAGUGAGGUUGACAAUUCCUUGGAAACACAAUGUGCAGAUAGAGUACUUAGCUCUUUCUGCCUGGCCACUUUCUGCUACCAAUCGCAUGACUCAUGUAGAAGUGACAAUAGAAGCACCUUAUGAGUUUCUUCAUGAUGUGACUUAUCCUACCAAACAACCCUUCACAAGUGGCUACAGAACACUUGUUGUCAAACGAUUUCGGCAAACCAUCAGAAGUCUUCAGAGCACGGAUGAAAUGCUUGUUCAUCUCCAGUCCUUCUCCUCCAAUCCCAGUUACUACACCAUACCAGAGAGUGCCAAAAAUGGAGUGCCUUUGUUCUACCUUCCACCCAACUCUAACAAUCCUGUGAAUGAUUAUACCAUGAACCUUUAUCAUAAGUCAUUGCUGUGUUGGAACUUUCAGCGAGACUUUGAUCUUAGCAAGAUUGACUCUUGGAUAGGGGAUUGUCUAGAGUUGAGUGAGGAGGAUUUGGCUUGGGCAAUGAAAGGCAAAAGGUCAAUAUCCUAUGCGCUAAGUGAGUGGGAACAGAAUGCAAUGCAACCAUCGAUGCGCAAGAGACAUUUAGAGACAAAACUACAUACCAGCAUAACAGGUGUUCUCAGUGUGCGUCUCAGAGAGGGUUACUCAAUCCAAGAUGUCUCCAUAGCAAAAGGUGGAAAGCAGCUGCAAGUGAGGUUGACAAUUCCUUGGAAACACAAUGUGCAGAUAGAGUACUUAGCUCUUUCUGCCUGGCCACUUUCUGCUACCAAUCGCAUGACUCAUGUAGAAGUGACAAUAGAAGCACCUUAUGAGUUUCUUCAUGAUGUGACUUAUCCUACCAAACAACCCUUCACAAGUGGCUACAGAACACUUGUUGUCAAACGAUUUCGGCAAACCAUCAGAAGUCUUCAGAGCACGGAUGAAAUGCUUGUUCAUCUCCAGUCCUUCUCCUCCAAUCCCAGUUACUACACCAUACCAGAGAGUGCCAAAAAUGGAGUGCCUUUGUUCUACCUUCCACCCAACUCUAACAAUCCUGUGUUGUCUCUGCAACAUGGAAGGAAGAGUUCAAAAUCCCAAGAGUCACAAUUUGCCGUGUUUUGGAAGCCAGUUUUAUCCCUUGAUACAUCAGGAUGGCAAAGAUGGAUGCAUUGUCACAGAAUUGGACUUGUCCUGGAACACGAUGUUCCUUUGCCAAAGAAUCUUCAUCAACCACAGGAGAAUGACCGUUCCAGUGCUAUCCAGUGUCGAGUUGCACUCAGUUCACUUAACUCUCUGUUUAGAAACUGGAGCUCUUUUGUCUUGCUUGAGAACCAUUCUUAUAUCAAGUUCAUUACCAGCGGAAAAAAUCCCGAAGACGCUCCUUCGUCCUUCUGUAUUGCACGAAUAACAGCUAGAGGACCUUGUAUUGUCAUCAGAGUAGCUUUCCUUGGAGGAACAGACGGAUACAUUCGACAUGAGAUUGUAUCAGACCUGAAGACCAAGCUGUCCAAGAUUACAGCUCCACUGGGCGUGAAUGUCAAACCUCAAGUAAAAGCCAAAAAUCUGCAGCGCGUUGCACAGCUGUCAAAACAGAGGACAGUGAUGGAAAAACCAUGUGCCAUCAUGUUCAACAAAUCUCUAGAAAGAAUCCUUGUUCGAUAUGAGAGAAUCCCCGAAGACCUCUUUACUCCUUUUCCAGAGCAGCCUCACUACUCCGUGUUCCAUAGUCUCACAGGCGUGUAUGCACACAGAACAAAUGAGAACCACAUGAAGGUUUUGUGUCAGUAUCUUCAUCACCAUCGGUGGAUUUGGACCAUGCAAGAUGAAGGGGCACCUUCCAUAACUGAUGAUGGUGUUGCAAGAGUGCUUUCGACACUAACGAAUACUAAGGAUCUGGCAUACCACAAGCUUCAAGCCCUGAGAACACUUGGGAAUGACCACACCAGAGACAACGACCAAUUGUACUCUUGUAUCAUUCAGUAUGUACUUUUCCCACCGUAUCGCGGUAACCAUCCAUACGACCUGGAGCGUUCAGAGGACUCUGUUGUUGAAUGGGCGUACAAAGGAAAACACAACUUUAACAUGGUCACUGAAGUGUGGGCUGAACCGCAGCUUGGCCGUCUCACUAAUUUAAAUUCUGAGCUCAAGUAUUUGGAAGGACUACAGUACAAUGACGUCCCCAAUGCGGUCUAUCAAGUGGAUGUCAAACAUGUGUCAAAACUGUUAACUUAUGAUCAUCUCUGGAGUAUGAGCGAUGACCAGACCGUCAACACCCCCCACAGAACUGUCAAGGUGCCUAAAGCAGACUCAGUACUGACCAACAGCAAUUGGGUGGUGGAGCAGUUACCAUUUCCAUUUGAUGUUAUUGGGCUACUGCCAAAAUCUCGACAAGUAGAGAUGGUGUUUUCUUCUCUGAUGGAGACCUCACCACAAGCUUCAGAUGAUAACAGUGACCUUCCCAAUGAAAAUCUUUUCAAACUCCUGCUGGAAAACAUGGAGCGCUUAAAUGAUCGUGAGGUCGUACUGAACGAGGAAGACUGGCAGCGAUUCACUCAACAUGUCCAGAGUCGGCCAAGAAAUGGCGUGCCCUUACCGUUCCAGGAAGAACUCCAUCAAGCUAAGAAAUCUGGCAAUUCUACGUUGAAUAUUGGUAGCGAAAAAAGGUCAAGAAACGGGAACACCACUUCGAUCAAGUGGCGGUGUUUUAUUCGCAGUGUAAGCGACCUCCGAGGCUAUGAUCGUCUCAUUCUGACGUUCCUCCCAGCGAGCUUUAAGUACAUUAGGCUCAUGGGAAGGUACGUGCGCGGUAGGAGCUCUAGUACAGGGAGCAGUCCAAGUAUUCCGCAUAACGCCGGAGAAAUGGAGCCUGAAGGAGCGUCAGAUGAAAACAGUUCUCAUACUGGAAGUGAACAACAAAAGCAAAAGCUUGGUGUUUCUUUGUUGUCCCAAGGCUCUGUUGAAGAGAAAAGCGCCACCCCAACGCCCACACCAACGCCCACUGUGGAGAAAGACGAAAGCACUUUUGCUUUCUCUCAGAGACAGAGCGAUUUGCCAGUGUUCGAAGGACAAGCAAAGCUUGUGGUGAAUACCGAGGAUGAAAAGCGAAGUGUCACAUUCCAAGAGGAUGCCACGCCCAUCAACGAAGAGCCUGUGUUUCAUGACCGAGGCGUGGGCGAGGAAAGUGACUCUUUCAGUUUUGGUAUACCCAUUUAUUGCUACGACUGUCCAAUGUCAGUAUUAGUAUCAAUAACGGACUCCAAGUCUGAUACAGAAGUGACAACGGAAGAGGCAAAGAAGCUUGAGGAUAUUUUUCAAGAUUUUACUUUAUUUGCAGCUCAGAUCUUCAUUGAUCCAUUCAGUCUGGACGAAGUGCCCAGGUCGUUAGAAGGCCGAGCCAAAGGAAAGUUUGGUACCUCCAAAGAUCUGGCGCGUCACUUUAAUGCCGUGCACGAUUUGUUUUUCCGCAGUUUUGUGACGUCGACGUUUUCAAGUUUGCAGCGUGGGCAGUACGUGAGCAUGCGAGAUGUUCAUUCAGCGGUCGAAGCCUGCGAGGAAAACUUCCUUGAAGUUGACAUCACAGACUUUAUCCGCACUCUCUGCGGGCACUAUGUGAAGAACAACAAAGACAAAGAGGACUUAAAGGCAAGAAUCAAUGAGGAGCUUCAAUCAGUCCCAAUUCGCUUGCCAUCGUUGUCUAUUGAAGAGCGUGUUAAAGAUCUGAAGAACAUACUGUCUGGAGAGUGUGAAUCGGUGACUGGUUUGCACAAGUCUAUUACUGCCAAGUUCUUUGCAAUUCUUGGAAGAUACUUUGAAGCGGUUCCACCAAGCAGGGAAUACUUUUUCUACCGUCCACAACAGUCGGAUGGCCCUAGAAGGUCUAUCCCAGAAUCUUUCUCCGAAUCUGAAACCAACGAAGCAGACCAAGCGGCUGAAGAUGAGAGCCAAGACAAAGACAGUGAUGCUGGCUCCGAUGCUUUUGAAGAUGUACAGACAGGCAUCUUGAUCGAAGAUGACGGGACAGCUCUUCAGUAUGACAUGGAUUAUUUGUCCGAUUUUGAGAGCCAAGGAAGUGACAGUGAGUUUGAUGGAGACACCGAGGAUGACCAGGGCGUGAAGUCGCCACUGUUCUUACAGUUGACCUGUACACUCAGGGACAGAAGUAGCCAUGCGCAGCCUAUGCAUCCUGUGUCUAUCAACACACUGCCUGUCUGCCUAGGAGAAAUCAUCCGCAAGUUUGAAGAUGACGAGGAAUGUCUUGAUCCAUUUAGUCCAUCAGUACGGAUCACUCUGGACCUGAAUUGCCUGACUCUGUCACCCGAGCCUGAUUACUCAGUCCUUAAGUAUUCUGCUCGCAGCGCUCCAUCCCGCUCCAAUUCAUUCUCCAGCACAAGCUCUCCCGUCUCCCUCUCCCCUACGGAUAAGAGAUCUGGGUUGUUUGAGUUCAGACGACAAGAUUCCAAGGCUACUUCACAUGACAUUGACGGAAUUGACAGCGUAGAUCCUCUUCAUCGCCUUCUUCAUUCUCAACGUCAAGCAAUGGACAUUACAACCGAUGCCAUUCGCUGGCUUUUACAAGACGAAAUAGUGUCCGAGCUCCGCCAUAUUGGACCAGUGAACAGAUCAAUGCUUGAAAAAGUCGAGGACCACGUGAAACAGUCUGAGGACCAUCCCUCUUGCAUUUCGCGUCACGUUCGCCUGCAGUUUGUGUUUGGCGCUGAACAAAGCUUGGAGCUGUUUGUGAAAGAAUUCGAGAAGAUUAACUUGCCGGAAUAUGAGUUGAAUGAAACUGAGAAAUUUUACUAUUUGACCAGUUAUGUCGAGAAGCAUGUUGCGAUUGUGUCGCCGUUCGCUCUAGAAGGAGAAAAAUGUGAUUCUGGGAAGGAGCAGCAGAAAUCACUGGAGGAUCCAAAUGGUGCAACCACGCCAAAAGCAGUCACAGAUUCCAAAGGGAAGGAAGAAAAAACUGCUGUUGCAGAGGUGGAAAAUACUCUUGAGUCUCACUCCGGAGCUGAUGAAGGGUUAUUAGCUAUAUACGUAGAAAAACAGUCGGAAACUACUCAACAAGAAGAGAGUAAUAAACUAGACACUUCUAUUGGAUCACCAGCUGUCACUGUAUCCUUACAAGAAGACCCCGUGAAAGAUGGAGAGACAACCUCAGCCACUAACCAUCCGCAUCUUGGCGAGGUAGGUAAACAGAAUCCUACACAAGAGGAAGCAGACAGCCCCGCUGCAAUCACCCCAGUCAAGGACUCUUCCUUUACCUCCUCUGCUGGUAGCACCCCAGUGGGGAAGCUGCUCAUGGCUGCUAUAGACAUUACCUCGGCUUACUCCAGUGACGUGGCAGCAAAGGAUGGCGAGGGUAGUGCAGCAAGUCCGCUUACCCCGCGCCAAGAAGAACAGAAGGCUGGCGAGGUCGCGGAAGAAUACUUGCAGUUUUGGCUUGUGAUGAGAAUAUUCGAUAAUGAAGUGGCUAUCUUCUUUCAUCGAAGAGAAUCAGACAAUCCCAAAUCGUUUUGCCCAACAAGGGCCAACGGUCUGGUGGAGGUAGUGACAAACGCUAUUCAUGAGAAAUGCCGCAUUGUUAAUCAGCGUAUGUUGUUACACGACUUGUACGAGACCAAGAUAUGCCAUUCAAUGUUGUUUCCUGAGUCAGACGAAGAGAUCUGGAAGCACGAGGAUGUUCAAAUCUCCGUGUCACCUCUUGGAGUUCAUAUCAGCAAAGGCGACAGCAAAUCUGGUCGUGUCACCAACAAGUUCGUUCAGGUUCAGUUUCUCUUUCCACCCGGUCAUUUUGGCUGCAACAGUGUUUGGCACACUCAUCUACCGGUGCAUCAGCGGCUCUUUGACACUUCGGGUCGGACCGGGAUCUCCCGCGGGUUGAAGGCUAUUAAGAGUGUGCUAGACAGGUUUGGAGUGAGCAACAGGAAAGACAUGUUUGUCUACAAAGACAGCCAUGGAGCGGUCUUUUACUUCAGGUUGUUCGAGUCUCUGUGUUCGAGCGACUCCUCAAAUCAAUUCCCGUCUGAGCUCCGUGCUCCAGACGAUGACGAUGACGAGUGUCGCUCAGGGAUGUCAUCAGUUGCAUCAUUGGCCGGUUCAAGAACAUCCUCGCAGUGGUCUCUUGUGAAGGGAGGAACAGGCGAGCUGGAUGAGGAAGUCAUUGAAUCCAAAUUAAAGAAGCAAUUUCCAGCUCCUGAACGAGACACGAUCAGUGACAGCGGACGAAGCACUCAAUCAGUGCACCCCGUGAUAGACAAGAGCAUUGCACUUCAUAUAUACGGCGUGGACGAUCCCGGUCCAGAGAUCACAGUGGAACUGGUUGAGGUUUUGCAGAACAGAAUCAAUGAAGCCAUGUUAGAAGUGUUGUCUGUUCUUCUCUCCAGGAAUCCAAACUGCAAACUGACCUACGCUGAUGUUCGGUUUAUACAACCUCAAGGACAAGCGCCCAAAACCACUCUCACCCUUGUCAUCCCACCCAUGGACGUGAAUUUCCUGUGUCCGUUGACGUUUUAUUUGCGUCAAAACUUGUCCCAGCUUCUGUUCUCCCCGCGUUACAUGGACUCUGACCCCAGCCAUCAUUUUAAAGCUGUGAGUGGAAGCAAAACGGAAGCUACUGGUUGUGCUAAUGGCGAAAGCUCCAGACUGCAGCCAGAGAUUUACUUGUACAACAGACCUCACUCAUCUGGAGGAAAAGGCUUGGCCUGCAUUUCUGUGUCUGUUCUUAACUCACGUGGCGGAUACAUCUACAUUCCUUGUGGAAAGACAGUUUCUGUGUAUGCUGGUGAAUUGGACUAUUUUGAACCAUUGACUGAAGUGUUCUUGUGCACAGAUGAAGUUCAGUUAGACCAGGAUGAUGUCAUGGUGCAGUUUGCAAUCUGGGAACGUGGUGACAUCGGUCUCGACCAACUUAAAGGCCAGUUGAAGCUCGCUUUAAGACAUGCUCUGUGCGACCUUCUAACAGAGUACUACCUCUUAGCCGCACCAUUAUCGAAAGUGCCCAAGAUGUACUGGAAGUCCACGAUUACACGCCAACGAUCCUGUUCUGAACCCCCCUCGCCCAUAGCCCCAGCCCCAAAGGGUCCUAAAUUAGGGUCUGUCCCUGAGACAUCAGAAAGGUUCCCCAAGCGACAGCUAGACUUUGGUAGUCAGUCAGGCUUCCGCAACAGGAGGCCCUCAUUUACGGGACAGCGGCGAACCCCUUCUGUAGGGAGCCAUCACAGCACUCCUUCAUCAGGGUCCACGGGGGUAUCAGGAAGGGCACACCAAAACCCGUUCCUGUCCCAGCGACAGAGUUUUUCUUCUCUUCGUCCGGUUUCCAGACAAAGUACGGAGGAUGAUGAAGUAUUCCAGACAGAAGCUGCUUCCCUUGACGAAGAAGCGAUGGGGAUAUCUGGUGAUAGAAGCACAUCAGAUGCUCAGGAAAUCGCAGAAUCAUCCUCUGCCUUACCUCCAGCAGAAGUGAAAUCAAACGAUGGAACAUCAGCUAAGGACAGAGCAAAACCAACGGACGAAUCAAAGAAGCAGCACAGCUCGGACCCAUCUGAUGUGGAACCAACAUUCGAGACUUUCACCGCAGCUGAAAUUCAAGAAUCAGAAGAAUUUAUUUCACAGCCAGGAACGCCUCUUUCUGAAAACCUGACGAUAUCCCUUCCUAAGAGAGAAGAACAGCUUUCCGAACGAGAGAAGCCGCCCAGUUUGUCUUCGACGGUUUCCUGGGGUGGUUCUAAGGCCUCGUCUUUCAGUGGUGUGGAUUCACUGAGUGUUGGACAACCUAGUGACGGGCAGGGGACUUGGCAGGAUAUCGAGGCCAAACGCAGGAAAGAACAAGACAAGAGGAAAAGGCGAAUUCAGUUUGAGAAUGGAGAACGAGGGGAACUUCAUCCAAGUCUUCAGGGUUUAGGCCAGGACAUGUUCUCCUUCUUCCGUGAUCUCGGAGUUCCAUCCGUGUUCUGCAUUGAAGGAAAAUUAAUCAACAACUAUGCCUCGGACGCUUUCUUGGCCGAGCUAUCGAGUCUCAUCUCAUCCUUGUGUAGUGACAUGAAGCCAAAAAUUUACCUUGAAGCACCCUUGGAUUCCAGUGAUGGCAAAGAGAGUGAUACUACACAAGAAUCACACUGUCUGCACUAUUAUCCUGCUCGACAACCUUUGAAGGUACAAGACAGUGACGAAUCGUCUGUAGACAAAUCCGGCAAGCCAUUCACAGGUGUUCCAAACUCGUCAAACUUCUUUGUUGUGGUCGGUAGGAAUGUGGAUCAGUGGCGAGCGAGCCUGGGGUUGGAAGAAGAUUUGCCCCAUGAAGGCCCAUAUGGCCGUCCUAGAAUUCGUACGGCUCUUCAGCGUUUCAAGCCCCUGGACCCAAAUGCUCCUACCCUUGGGCGUGUGUUGCCUGAUAAUACGUCUCUUUCCAGCCUUUCUGUUGGUGGGGUGCCAAGGCAAAAGUUCCUCUUGAUCACCAUCAUGGAUAAAGAUGUGAUAGCAUUCACUUACAACUGGGCGUCAGAUUUGAAUACUAUCUUUGAAAAACAGCUGCACCGUUUGCUUAACUGGAGCAAUGCACGAUGCCACCUUACCUCGUGUCUUCUGAGCCAGAAACUGGGACUUUUCCAUCACACUCUGUUUGCAGAUCUUAACAAAGGAAAGGAGGGAAAGGAAAUGAAUCCUUUCUGUUUGUCAGCCAAUGACAAAGACAUGGUGCUGCUGAUAAGCAACCCCGGACCACCUAAUCUGGAUCGUGAGCGUGCUAUGCCGAGACCAUUGCCGCCCUCUCCGAACAUCCUGGUAUUUGAUGAAGUGCUCCGUGACGUCACACCUCCCAAGCCUCUUUACCGCACUCAGUACUUUCAUAACCGUGAUCCCGUCAAGAGGCAUGGGUACCAGUUUCAGGAGAUUCGUUCCCUCCAGAUAAAAAAAGCAAUAUUGGACCAGAAUUUGGACGAACUUUACGUGAUGUGGCAACGUAGGCCUCCCCAUGUGCAGAUUAGUGAAGACAAAAUCGAAACACUCAAGCGCACGUCCAGAUUAAUCCACUACUGUGCAGCGCCCCUUUUGUUCCACCCGGAGUGGAGAAGACUACGUUCCUCUUCAGGACCAGAGAAUACUACUGGCAUGCAAGACGAGCCGCCAACUGAAGAGAAAAGAGAGGAAAAUAAAGAAAGAAAGAUCAGCAAAGUGCAAAAAGAGCAUGAUGAAACGAAGAAGGAAGCAUCAACUGAUUCUAAAGGAAAGACGCCACCUUGCGAAGAGGCCUGGCACCAAGAGCUACGAUCUGCGUAUAUACAGCAAUACGUGCAGUACAUGCAGUCACUGCAGUUUAUUGUGGUACAGACCAGGCCACAAUCACCCAAACAAGCUAGAAGGCAUCUUAGCCGUGCAGCUGUCAGCGUCAGACCAAAGAGAGAAUCCAGUCCAGCUGACAUGAAGAAACAAGCCUCGUCUAAAGACAGAAAGGACAGUCCGCCAAAAGCCCUCCAGUGUUACUUACAGAGGUCUUCUCCUGGUGGAAUUAUGCUGAUGGAGUUAGUGUUUCAGGGUUGUUUCUUUGUGGUGCGACUGUAUGUUCUGGGAUGCUCUCAGAUUCCUUCAGGCAAGACAGUUGGUUUACAGAUGUGUCGCAUGUUUGUUGAAGACUGCAAUCGCUACAGAGAGUACAUCCACCUUCUCUCGUUCAACUAUGACUUUCACCUGUGCAAAGCUCAACUGUAUUUGAAUGGAAGUCAGCGAAUCUUCAACAAGGGCUACGGAGUUACAAACAUGCUCAAAGGAUUGCUGCUGGAGUACUCGAAGUGCCCCUUGUUUGCCAGAAACCGCCUUUGCAACGGCGAUAUUUCAGUACCUUGUCAGCCAGGCCUGUCUCCCCAAGCUGUGUUUAACUACCUGGUGAAAAACGCUUCUAAAUACGACUUUUCUACGCUUCCCUUAAAAAAAUCCAACACCACCAAAUCCAGUCACGUGCUGCUAGGCACCGACCGAGUUCUGACGCAAGCGGGAAAUUCUCCCACGAAGACGUUCGACAUUCUCCGAGACAACAACGAGUAUGACAUCAGUUUUGUCGGGUCGCUCAAGGAUUGGAUGGAAGAUGGUGUGUUUACCAUGGAGUAUGUUGUGUUGAUGACGAGUCGGCGGGAGUUGUUUCCUAAAUUGACGCUGGAUUUAAGGCUGAGAAAGAAGUCUCCUUCGUCAAGCUCGCUGUCGACUAUGGCCGGGGCCAGAAAGGGGUCAUUACCAGAAGGAGGGGAUUCAGAACCAGGAAAAGGGUCACGUGUCAGAUUCACUCUACCUAGCAACAGCUCGGGCGGUUCCCUGGGAGCACCCAACCCUCCCUCCCCUGGGGAGUUCCACAGGUCAGCCUCCACACCCCACUCCCUGUUCACAAUGGGUUACGAGAAUAGUUCCCCGUUCUUCAACGUGGCCUCAUCGCGCUCCGACGAAAACAUCGCAGAGCAACGCAUGGAAUCACUACCAACGUUGUUGCCACUUCCGACAAACUACGAAGAAUCUUCGGUUGACGAUAGCUCCCAACGAGAAUCCAGGCUCCUCACGGAAGCUUUCCAGCGUGCACGUGAUCAUCUCAUGCGCAUAGCCUGUCGGGCCCAAACUCACUGCAGUCGAGACUUGCUGUGGCAUCGUUUGUUUGCUGGGGAGACUGAGGAGGAGGAGAAAGAUGGAACGAAGAAAGCGAGGCGGAAGAGUACUAUACGUAAAUCCAGCUCAGAAUCGAGUCUGAAACAGAGCUGGAUGAAGAGUGUUGAUUCGCUGAACCCACGAAUAGAACAGGCGCCGGCGCCUCGCCUGAGCUUUGAAGAGUUUAAACAGUUGUUAUCGAUUGUUCAAAGCAAAUCUUUAAAGAAUGAAGAUCCACAAUUGAUUCCUCUUUUGUCGAUGGGGACCUCCUGGUAUCUGAAUCUUUUCCGGUGAGACUUUCUAUUUUGCUGCCACAGAAAGGGGAUUGGUAUACAUUUUUGUUAUGAAUCGCUUUGCGUUGUUUUGCUGUUGUUAUGAAAGGUUGAAACAACAUUACAUGAUAUUUGAAUUUUAAGGGGUGCAGUGAUCUGAGUCCGAACCUUGUCCGAGAUCAUUGUGUUGUGUUCUUGGGCAAGACACUGUAUUCUCACAGCACCCCUCUCCACUCAGGAGCACAAAAUGUAGGAGGGUGGGGUGGGGAUGUGACCUGUGAUGGAGUAACACUUCUAGUCGCUUCCGUAUCAGCCUGUAUAGCAGAAUUUAGCGCCACCGACAGACUUAAAACCCCUUUCACACUACGACGGAGAAAUUUGAAAACGCAGCUCUAUUUCUACGGUUAGACUUAUCGUCCACACUAAUACGUCACGAA